AUGUCAAGACCGUCCUCAUAUGCACCUGCGUCAGAUUCCUCCUCCCAGCAGGCCUGGGACCCUAAUCCCCCCACAUAUGCUGCCUUCUCUCCAACAUCCACCUCUGGCUACUCCGCCACAUCGAAGCAGCGGUCUACGAUCAUAGUUCACAAAAAGUCGCCUCUACUAGUAGCGACACCACCUCAGAUCACCCGAGCCCUAGCCCAUUCACAUCCCUUCUUGCUGCCGUUGAAUAAACUCGCCGGUCUUCUGUCAUGGAGCACUCGAGACCCAUGGGAAUCAUAUCUGAUGGUGGCUGUCUUUUGGGGAAUCACACUAUAUGGAAGUGAAAUCAUUCGCUUUGCCAGCCCGAUCAUUGUAGUAGUUGGUCUCAUACUGGGAAUGUACUCCAGACGCUAUUCGCCUCUGUCGUCCACCUCCAAAACCGGAGAGAAACACACAGCAAAGGGCCACAAAAGGCAACCUUCAGAAUCUCAAUCGCACCAUAAGACCCUCGAUGAAAUUGUCGAGACCUUGCAGGAACUGACUGCUCGGUGCAAUGUCUUAUUGGAUCCCUUUCUCAACCUGACCGAUUUUCUUUCUACCCAAACUACACCAACCGCCGCUACGACCCGGCCAGCUUUGACGACCCUCUUCAUCCGUGUUCUUUUAGUAACUCCCUUUUGGGUUGCCCUGACCCUUCCGCCUUUCUAUAUUCUGACUCCUCGAAGAGUCAUUCUCGCUGUUGGCACAAUAAUAUUGACCUGGCAUUCCAAGCCGGCCCGGGUGUCUCGGGUUAUUCUCUGGCGUUCUGUCUUUAUGCGCAAAGCUGCCGCCUUUGUCACUGGAUUGGAAUUUGAUACUUCGCCCAAUGCACAAUCUGGGCCAUCAAAUCGACCAUCAAUCGGGACAAGAUCGAAAUCUCAAGGCGACCUCGCCUCAGAAGCUGCGAUCAAAGGGAAACCGGAUUCUUCUGGCGUUCGUUUCACGUUUAUAUUAUAUGAGAAUCAACGGCGGUGGUUGGGUCUGGGUUGGACGACUUCUUUGUUUGCAUAUGAGCGCGCCCCUUGGACGGAUGAACACCUAAAUCCUGCACCAUCAAAGGAGGAAUUCGAACUCCCAGAUGUGGAGGGUGGUAUGUCCCGGUGGAGAUGGAUCGAUCCCGAAUGGCGAAUAGAGCAUGGAGACGCCAAGUCACACAAGAGGGCAAUAAGCGACAGCAAAAUGGGAGGCGGUGGUAUGUCCGGUAAGGCGACCGCCGACGACGGCGGAGGCUGGAUAUAUUAUGACAAUCGAUGGGAAGAUGGGAGGAGAGAAGACGGAUGGGGUAGAUAUACGAGGAGGCGCAAGUGGUUCCGUGAUGCGGAACUUGUUGAAGCGACACCGAACAUUGAGGACACUCCAAGCGGCACUCCAGCACAAUCCUCGUCUGACACGGAAGAGGACAAGGUGAGAAAGGCGAAAGACUUCGCCAAAGGGGUGGGCGGAUCAGACGACACGGUUACCGCAGACUCAAGAACUCCCACGGAGAAGUCAUCUGGACCAGAUCAAAAGUCCAACGACGCCAACAGCACUGCCAAAGCAUCUGUGGUGAAGAAACCGGGGAGCUGGUUCUCGAAAAGAGACCGCAGUGACAGCAAGAGCUCGAGUGGGAAGAAUACAGGCCAGCUCAGCACACGGAGCGAUCGGAGUCGCGAUGGUCCAGAAGAUGAUAUGCUGGAUAAGUGGCGAGAUGCUCCAGGACACCGAGCAUUCAGUGUUCAGGAGGAUGUUGCUAUGAGCCUUGGAUAG